AGGUAAGGUGACGAAGCCAUAAAUAGCUUUCAACUCUUGCAUUUUUCUUGCGGCCCUUUUAGCGUGGAUAUGCGUAGGAUUCAAUUAAGGGUAUCAAGGAAAAUAUCUAGUCUCCUCUUUAAUCUUUACUUGCUUACUUUGCCUUCAAGCCAAUUCUGGGAUCGAUCAGAUCCCAUUAUGCCUGCAGAUUCUUAAUCUGUUUCAGGCAAGAUUUUGCCAGCCCACAAGGGAAUAAAAUUUCUCAUUAUGGAUUGGCUAACCAAGAUUCUAAAAGGCUCUGGCCAUAAAAUCUCAGAAGGCCAGUAUCAUGGGAGAUAUGGGGAUGACAGAAUUUGGGAAGAGCCGUCAACUCCUGUGGAUGUAUCCACAGAUUUUGACCAUGAUGAUCUUGCUGUUGCUAUUGCUCGUUCCCUUGAAGAUUACCCUGAGGAAGAUCAGAAAGGGAAAAAAGUAGUUGAUACUGAAUCUCAUUUGGAGGAAGAUGAACAACUUGCUAGAGCUCUUCAAGAGAGUUUGAACGUGGAGUCUCCUCCUCGACAUGAUGCUGGAAAUAUAUUUCAACCUUUUCCAUCAUUCUUUUCACCUGGUUAUAGGAUCUGUGCUGGGUGCAACUGCGAGAUUGGUCAUGGAAGAUAUUUGAGUUGCAUGGGUGCUGUUUGGCAUCCAGAAUGUUUUCGUUGCCGUGCUUGUGGGCUUCCCAUUUUUGAACAUGAGUUUUCUAUGUCCGGAAGUCACCCUUAUCACAAAUCAUGCUACAAGGAACAAAAUCAUCCAAAAUGUGAUGUUUGCAGGAACUUUAUUCCAACAAAUGCAGCUGGACUUAUUGAGUAUAGAGCACAUCCGUUCUGGAUGCAAAAGUACUGUCCCUCACAUGAGCAUGAUGGAACUCCUCGGUGUUGUAGUUGUGAAAGAAUGGAGGCAACGGACACUAGAUAUCUAUCACUUGAUGAUGGUAGGAAACUAUGUCUGGAGUGUCUGCACUCUGCUAUCAUGGAAACUAUAGAGUGCCAGCCUCUUUACCUUGAAAUACAAGAAUUUUAUGAGGGUUUGAAUAUGAAAGUGGAGCAGCAAGUCCCUCUUCUCUUGGUUGAGAGACAAGCACUAAAUGAGGCCAUGGAGGGAGAAAAGAAUGGACAUCAUCACUUGCCUGAGACUAGAGGACUCUGCCUGUCCGAAGAACAGACUGUUAGCACUAUUUCGGGGAGGCCUAGGAUUGGCACAGGCUAUCGGAUUAUAGACAUGAUGACAGAACCUUAUAGGCUAGUCCGUCGAUGUGAAGUGACAGCAAUUCUCAUUUUGUAUGGGCUCCCAAGGUUGCUGACUGGGUCAAUCCUGGCUCACGAGAUGAUGCAUGCAUGGCUCCGACUGAAAGGAUAUCCAAAUCUGAGUCAGGAUGUUGAAGAAGGCAUCUGCCAGGUGUUGGCUUAUAUGUGGUUGGAUUCAGAGAUAUAUUCAAGUGCUGGUAGUGAUGUUGCUGCGGCUGCGGCUGCUUCUUCAUCAUCAUCCACAACAUCAAAGAAGGGUGCACGGUCUCAGUUUGAGAAGAAACUUGGUGAGUUUUUCAAACACCAGAUAGAGACAGAUAGUUCACCAGCUUAUGGGGACGGAUUUAGAGCAGGUAACCAAGCAGUGCAGAAGUACGGCCUCAAGAGUACCCUUGACCAUAUUCGGCUGACAGGAAGCUUUCCUUACUGAGAGCUGACCAAUAACUCAGCCCUAUCAUCUUUUAGUUUUACAGGACCUAGACCCACAUGAAUUAUGAACAUCACAAGAAUAAGUAAGCAGCUAAAUGCCGCUUCUCAUGCGCAAUUCCUGUAAUUCCCCAAUAGUGGGCACCGCAUAUUUUACUAUUUUGCCUAAUAAUUAAUAACAUAUAGGGAAAAAAAAAAGUUAGAAUUGCUUAUGACAUUUCCUCUGUUCAACCAUUAGAAGCUUUGAUCCAUUGAGCAGAAGUACAUCUCACUGCUUGGGUAAGCCUCUACAGAGGAAACAGCCCAGCCAUAAGUGAUGUAAUUAAGCAGCAAGUUUUCUACUGGUUUCAAUGUUUCAUCAUUUUAUAGAGCAUGCAACUCCAGUUAUUUCCAGCAACCAUUGGAAGCAUAAUGGAGAUAAUUUCAUUUAGUAGUAGAGGAACAUAUUUAUUUUCCCAGUUA